UUUUGCUGAGGUUGCAGUUUUUGUUCAGAAAACCUCGAGCCACAUUGAGUGGGCAUCAACAACGACCAGGUCAAGGAAAAGUCCCGUAUAGUCAAUGUGCACACUUUGUCAUGGUUUUUUAGGCCAUUCCCACACAUGUAGUGGGGCUGUUGGUGGAGACUUUUCUGUUGACACCCAUUGCAUGUCUUGGCAAGGUCUGCAAGCUGUUCAUCGAUUCCAUGCCCCCAUACGAAGCUUCGUGCGAGGCAUUUCAAUUUCACCACGCCUAAGUGUCCUUUAUGUAGCACAGUGAGAACCCUCUGGUGCAGCUUCUGUGGUAUGACUCCCCUCGCCUCUGUGGUAUGAUUCCCCUCGCCCCUCACAAAAUAUAUCUUUGAUGUAUUAUGGGCCUGUCUUUACUCGACCCGGUGUGCACCUGCGCCGAUGAGUAGAUGCGCCCACCUGCUUCUUGUUUCACUAAUUAGGGUCCUGAUAUAUUGUCACGCAUGCGGUCUGGUCCUUGUCAGAUCAUUGUACUCUCAUGUCAUGUUCCCGCAAUUCAAUGCCCUUGUCUUUGAUCCUCCAUGUACCGAACCUUGCUUCGUUGACGACCCUGCCUUUUCACCUAGUGAUUAUGACAUUGUUGCCUAUGAAAUGCUUAUCGUUUUUGUCUUUGUGUAACUAGAUGACAUUCUGAUUUUCUCCUCAGAUGAAAAAUCCCAUGUUAGGCAGGUUUGAGCUGUACUACAGCAUUUGCUGCGUCAUGACCUGUAUGUCAAGGGGGAAAAAUGUGCGUUCCACCAACCCUCCAUUUCAUUCUUGGGCUUCAUCUUAGCAGAGGGUCAGGAUGUACCCUGCCUCAUGCCCAAUGACGAGGAUUGGCUCUAGCACUCCCGCAACCCUCGUGAGGAUAAGCGGCUCAGAAAAUGAAAGUAUCGUGAGUUGAAGAGCGAUUGUGCAAUCCUGAUGCCUGCCGGGAUGUUCAGCAUCGACAGUAUCCUGUCCGGACGGCCGAGCUGCAAGGAGCCGCUGCUGAUGCACCGGAGUGGUCCGGUCUUGCUGCCCGCCGGGGGACUGAAUGACUCUAUAUAUACAGACUACAACGGAUUGUACGCCGCCACAUGCGGGCCUCCCGUCCCGGGGGUGCAGUCCAUGAACGGAACAAGAGUAGGAUAUAACGGCUAUUACUAUGGACAGCUACACGUCCAGGGAACCGGAGGAGUGCCGUGUUGCGGUGCAGUGCGCGGCCUCAACCCGCAGCAAUGCCCCUGCAUCACCCCAGGCUACGACAGUCCGGGCUCGGUGUUGGUCUCCCCAGUACCGCACCACAUGAUGUCCUACGUGAACAUGGACAGCUUUUCGCGGAGCGAGCUGCAGCUCCUUAACCAGCUGCACUGCCGCAGGAAGCGGCGUCACCGAACCAUCUUCACCGACGAGCAGCUAGAGGCUCUGGAGGGCCUAUUCCGGGAGACCAAGUACCCCGAUGUGGGCACCCGGGAGCAACUAGCUAGAAAGGUCCACCUUCGGGAGGAGAAGGUCGAGGUAUGGUUCAAAAACAGACGAGCCAAAUGGAGGAGGCAGAAAAGGUCGUCGUCGGAGGAAUCAGAGCCGAAAUGGAACAAAAUAAAAAAAACGUCCGCAGAAAAAACCGAGGAAAGCAAAAGUGAAGCGGACUCAGACUGAAUUGAAAGUGUGCUUGCUUGGAUCAGUGCUGGUGCUGGUGGAUGACUUGUGUUGCACGGAUGUACAUUUCCCAAUUGUAUUAUGCGUUGUAUAUUUAAUUUCUAUGUAAUUUAAAUUGGAAUGUUAGAAGAACCGAGAGACGCAAUGACCAGGGUCUCGACUGAGUCAAUGUCAAAAUACCACACGUGACACCUUUUUUCAUGUUGUAAUUCUGAUAUUCCGUGUCAGAUGGCACAGUGUUUAUUUCCCUCUGAAGACCAAGAAUGAAAUUUGUCUGUUAGUCUGCGAAAAAAAUAUCAAUAAACCCCGCUGCUAUCAGCGUCACAACACAUCAGAAAUCCUUAUGUUAUAAAAACAUACUUAUUAGGACGACGAUUAAAUGUUAAAACAUAGUGAAAUAUCCACCACCUGGCUGACUGAAUAGGAUGAA